GUCCCCCUCGGGGGCGCGCUGCUUUGCUGCCUCUCCCCACCGCCUCAGCCUCACCGCUGCCAGCUCCUUCCCCACCGUUGCCCAGAGGGAGAGGCGGCACCAGAGGGGAGUUUUGUGGUCUCCCAGCCUGCCCCAUCAGCAGAGUGUGCUCAGCAGGGUCCCCGGCUGGUGCCCAGCGGAGGUGAGCCCCACGGCCAGCCACAGCCCCACGGCCAGCCGCCAGGACGGGGCUCUGUGUCUGUCCAGCAGGGCCACAGAAGUCACCUCCGUUACCAGUCUGAACAAGCAGCUUCACAGCAGCACCUUUCAGCUACAUAAGCCUCUUCUCAAGGAAGGAAAAACAGGCUGGCCUGAAGAUCUCGGGCUUCCCUUGAUGUGAGCUGCUGCGUGGUGCCAGCAGAUAACACCUGGCAGUGCCUGCAUCCUCUCCUGGGGUGCGUGGGACUGCUCCCCACGGCUCUGUGCUGUGUGCUUAUCUCCCCGAGCAGCCCUGCAAAGCCAAGCCCCGUGCCUGGGCCGUGGAUAAAGCUCCCCAGGUGAUGGGACCCCUCGUCCCCUGCCUCGCACAGCACAGCUCCGGCGGCUGGACGCGUUCCCGAGAGCUCAGGAUGAUGUACCAGCAUUUCCUUUUCAUUUUCUUGCUCUUCUUCCACCCCCAUAAAUGCCAAGACCAAACCCCGGGUGAAGAUCCAUACGAAAUGCCCAAGGACUACCAGGAGGUCUACAGAGGGACAAAAAAUGAUGUCAAAGAGAUCCCCAAGAUUGCAAAGCCCUUCAUUUCUGAGAUGGUCUUUGUGCAAACCAGCAUUACUGCCGUAAGGAAAGGUGCCUUCAGGUACAUGCCCAAACUGACCAAGAUUUUUUUUAUUGGCAACAAGAUCAAGGCGGUUGAACCUGGAGCCUUUGAUGGUUUGGAGAAACUGAGAGAUUUGGAGAUCUCUGGUGCCUCCCUGGAAGAACUGGCCGUGGGCACUUUCCAGAACCUCCCAAGCUUGCAGAGACUGGAGCUGAGGGACAGCCACAUCAGCCACAUCCCCAAAGGGCUCUUUGAAGGGCUGGAGCACUUGGGGGAGCUCUCCCUGCACAUCAACGCGAUCUCGUCUCUUCCAGAAGGUAUUUUUGAUUCUCUUGCCAAUCUAACUUUUUUGGACCUGUCUAGGAACAGGAUCACGGCUCUGUCUGGAAAUGUCUUUAGCAAACUCCCCCACUUGCAAGUCCUGCGGCUGUACGAGAAUGAGUUGCAGGACCUCCCAGAGGGGCUGCUGGAUGCCCAGCAGGGGCUGCUGGAGCUCAGCCUCCAGAGGAACAGGCUCAGGACACUGCCACCCACGCUUCUGAGGAGCCUGGCCCACCUGGAGAAACUCCUCUUGGACAACAACCUCAUCAGGGUUCUCCCACCCCAGGGCUUUUUUGGAUUAAACAAACUGAAGCUGCUGACUCUAGGCUCAAACCACAUUACGGAGCUCCCCUGCUGCCUUUUUGACAGCAUACCACAGCUGUGGGAGCUGGACUUGGGCAGGAACAGCUUGGUCACACUUCCAGAUGGCAUCUUUGUCAAUCUCACGUCUCUUGGCAAACUCAUCUUGUCCCACAACCAGCUGUCAGCCCUGUCAAGAGGAGUCUUCAUGGGGCUCAGCAAGCUCUCGGACCUCCAGCUGGACACAAAUCAGGUCUCUGCUCUUGAUGACAAGGUCUUUGCUCCUCUCCCAAAUCUGAAAACCCUCAAUCUUCGAAAGAACCAUCUAAGGAGUGUCCCACGAGGACUCCUGGACCCGCUGAAGAGGCUCAGCUCAGUGUAUCUAAGCGGGAACCCAUGGAGGUGUGACUGCAACCUCUGUUACCUGCACGGCUGGAUCCAGGAGAACAGUGAGAAGGUAAAAUUGUCUGCCCAAGUGUCAUGCAAGACUCCACCCCACCUGGCAGGGCAAGCAGUGGCAUCCCUGAGGGACGACCAGUUGAUUUGUCCAGCCACUUUGCCUCCUUCAGUUUCCUUCACCCCAUCUCUGCCAUUCACCUCCGCAUCAUCACAGACGAUGUCAGCCUUGCUGUCACCCGGCGCCUCACCCACUGCAGCACAGACUGCACUGCCAUCGGUGACCUUUCCUGUCAUGGCACUGCCAGCCAUGCCAUUACCUAUGGCCACCUCCUCCAUGUUGCCAACCAUACCAACUGAGGCCGUCCGCACUGCUCCAUCACCAACCAUGAUGUCUAAAGCCUCCAUCAUCACCCCAUCAUCAGCUGUGACAUGGGAAGCCUCCGUCACCACCCCACCACCCACUGUGCUUCCUGAGACCUCCAUCACCACCCCAUCACCAACCAUGUUACCCAGGACCUCCAUCACCACCUCACCACCAAUUGUGCUACCCAGGACUUCCAUCACCAUCCCACCACAAACUGUGCUUCCCGAGACCUCCAUCACCACCUCAUCACCAACCAUGCUACCCAAGACCUCCAUCACCACCCCACCACCAACUGUGCUGCCCAAGAACUCCAUCAGCACCCUACCACCAACUGUGCUGCCCAGGACCUCCAUCAAGACCUCAUCACCAACCAGGCUGCCUGUGGCCUCCAUCACCACCCCACCACCAGAUGUGCUACCCAAGACCUCCAUCACCAUCCCAUCAUCAGCUGUGCUCUCUAAGACCUCCAUCACCAACCCAUCAACAACUAUGCUCCCUAAAGCCUCCAUCAUCACCCCACCACCAACUGUGCUACCCACGACCUCCAUCAUUAUCCCAUCAUCAGCUGUGCUACCCGAGGCUUCCAUCAGCACCCCAUCACCAGCUGUGCCACUGGAGGCCUCCAGCCUCUGCUCAGCUCCAGCAACCAUAAGCCUGCAGCCUCCUGAGGCCAAUAGCCCAGAUCUUGCUCUGCCCACUCCGGCUCCUGCCACCCCACCGAUGCCAACCACCCCACGGGCAGCUCCCACCAUACAAGUGCCUCCUGCUCUUCUGGCACCCACGGCGAGGCCAGUACCCCCUGUACCCCCACUGCGAGGUCACACAAGCCCCCAACCGGCCUCCUCACCCACGUCCCCUGAUGGGUACCACCCCAGGGCCUUCUCCCUGCAGCCCAGCCCACGGCACUGCCGCGUCUCCCUCACCCUGGGGCUGGCUGUGCUGGCGCUGCAGGUGGGGGCCACGCUGCUGGGGGUGAAGCUUGUCCUCCUCCUCCACCACGCCACCCGUGGCCGUGGUCCUCCCAUGCCACCGGUGAGGCUGCUGAGCGUCCGAGCGAUGGCCACCGUGCACCCACACCGGGCUGUGGAGAGGUAUCAGUGGGGUGCUGUCCCCCAGGGGUGGGUGUCGCAGGACCCGGGUGGUUUUGGGGUGCCUCCCAGGUGGCCCCCGGAGAUGCUGUGAUCCUGGGGAGCCUGCACCAUGUCGCUGCUGGAUGGGACCUUCUGCCGAGCGACACUAGGUGGCAUCCCGACACAGGCAGUGGCUGCUACCGCCUGUCCACGGCCACGCGGGGCCACGGGGGGCAGAAGGGCGAGCAGUGGCCGUGGGGCACCACACCGAGGUGGUGGUGGCACCGUGCCCAUCCCCGGCUGCCUCCCAGCCCGGCACCCCAGGAUGUGCCGGAACCGCUACGGCCACCGCAACGCCCCUGCCUCCUGCCCGCUCUGUCUCGGCUUCCUCUCUGCUGAUAUUAAAGCCUUCCCUGCGGCUCUGCCACGCUCUGAAGGGCUGACCAGAGGAGAGUUUUCACCGCAGGGCUGCCCUCACUGUCACCUCCAGUGGGGAUUUUCUGCCUCCCGCUGGAGCACGCGGUCCCCAGGUGGUGCCAGCGGUCAGAGGCCGGGGUGGGAGCAGGUUGCACGCUGCGACCCAGUGACAAAACAGAGAUGCAAUUUCUAAAUCUUGCAUCCCCAGAACCUCUGUAGGAUGCUGCCUGCCCUGUCCCCUGGAAGGGUGACAUCUGAGCACAGCCAGCCACUUUGUUCGCACGGAGAGGCUGCAGCUGAACCUGUCCCCAGCAUGGGCCGCUCACCAGCAUGUCACUCCUCGUAGUGAGCAUUCCUCUCGCAGACCUGGCCUGGGGGCUGGCUGUUACCUCCUGUCGGGCACAGAAACACCUUCCCUGCCACUGCCACCCGCACAAGCCCGGGGAGCCGGACCCUGUGGGCUUGGAAGGCAGCAGGCAGCAGGGAGCGGACACUUCUCACCAACAUACUGCAAGAGCAAAGGAGGGGGACCGGUGCUUUGCAUUAGGGUACGUGCCCGUGGCUGUGCACUGGGGACCUGCACACACACCUCUGCUAAGCCUGUGCAGUGUCACGGGCUGCUCUGCCAAGUCUCGAUGAUGGCUGUGAAAUAAGGGAGGUGAGCAGGGGCAGCACAUCUGCACGGGCUGCAGCGAGCGGCCCCAGAGCCUGGCACUGCGGGUAAUGAGACACAGGUGAGGGGAAGGGAGUGUUUUUCCUGGCAGCCCAUAUGGGCUCAGCUUCGUGCUUGAUUUAGAGGGUUUGAAAGCGGGGCCGGCUGCCGGGGAGCAGACCCCGGGCACCUCCCGUGGGAUUGGAGGGGGGCGCUCCUUUGGUUUGGUGGAUAUUUAAUGGCCCGGUGCAGUCUAAACAGGGAAGUACUUGGGGGUGAGAUUAGCACAACAUAAUCACAUCUUAAAAGGUCUUCAGAGACAUAAGGCACGUCUGCUCUCCUAUUAAUUACUUGUUAUUAAUAAAGCCGGGGUCAGGCUGGAGGUGUUUGCUCCAGAACGCACCGGUUCCUUCUCUGCGGAGCACAUCUGUCCUCUGCGUCCGUGGGUCUGGCAGGGGCACAGCCCUGCCGAGCUGCACACCCCACGGCCAGCAUCCCUGCAGCUCCCUGGCCACGUAACGCCCCGCCAGGGCCCUGCCUUCCUUCCUGGAACACCUCCGAGUGCUGUAAAACACAGCCAGGGCUUCCCAGCGGGGGAAUUUCCUGCUGUGAUUGAUUUCCAAUUUGCAAGGAAAAUACAGGGCUGGCCCCACCGGCUCACAGGCAGCAGGCAGCUCCCGGUAGCUCCCGGCCAGGCUGUGGCAAUGACAGGGCUGUGGCUGUGCCCAGCCCCGGGGUGUGCUGCAGGAGCACCGUGCCCAGCACAUCCUGCCAGGCUUGUGGCUGCUGGGCUGCACCUCGCUGCGGUGCCAAGGAGAGGCUUCCCCCAACAUGUCCCCUGCAUGCCCUUCCCUGCUCUGCUGUGGGCAGCCCAGGCAUCUCACAAUGGGACAGCCAUUGUACUGGCCAGCUCCUGAUGAUUUUUUCAUCAAUUAAUUUUUAAUAUUUUUUUUCCGAACUCAGAAAAGAUUUUAGCACCACCAGCACAAUGCAGCUGCACCACCCUUUGCUCUCCUCCUGCUUUCUGCUCUCUUUGCACUUGAUGCCCCUGGUUCUCGGACUGGAAAAAAAGUGCUGAGCAUCCCUGUGCAGCAUCUCCAAGCUGCUGGAAUUCCUGUAAACCUCUUCCUUGUUGCCGUGACUGCCUGAGCUCCUUGUUAACCUCAGGUGAUGAGCAGUUUGAAGCAGAGACCGGACACCCUGUGUGCCCCCAAGCAGUGUUGGGCCCGCAGGUCCCCAGCAUGGCCUGGGGGGCCCCACAGCCCUUGUUGGCCCCAUUCCUGCUCCGUGCAGAGGAGAUGUGGGCCCCGCAGUCUCCUCGUCCCAUCACUGCGGGUAUAGUGCCCUGCCCCUGCCACCUGCCUCGGUCCCCUUGGCGGAGCCGUGGGGACCCCAGGGGGCAGGAAGGGGGCCCUCGGGUGACAGCACUUUCUUGUGGCUGGCGGAAAGGGGGGAACAAACACCUGCAUGGGGGGAAUUGCAAAAUAACCCCAGCCCCCGUGGGCAAGUCCCACUGCUGCUGCAGGAAGCCUGCCCCUCCUGUGGUCGCAGCUCCCUCGCCACAUGCCCACCCCGUGUGCCCACCCAGCACGUGCACGUGUCCCUGGCACGGGCUCCUUGGCCUCGGCAUCCCUGCUGGAGCCUGAGCUGCCCUCUGAGCCACUGGGGCAGCGAGGGGAUGCCCAGGCACUGGGACCAGCCAUCGCUGCAUGCAGGGUUUGGGCAUGAGAGUGAGAGCGAGGCAAACCGGCCGGCACAUCCUCCCUUGGGGCAGCGGGAGAGCCGGAGGGGCGGAAGCUGCCUAUUUGUUUAAGGUGCAAACAAGUUAUGUUAAUCUGC